AUGAUUAUAUUAUCAACGUCCAUAACUAUCAGUCAUGAAAGACCAGAAUUAAUGCUUGGUACAUAUGAAUUUAUUGCAACAAAAGAUUAUUGUCGUAAUAAUGAAUUUCCAAAAACACCAGCUAUUAUUUUUUUAAUUGAUGUGUCAUACAAUAAUAUUAAAUCAGGAUUAAUAAAUUUAAUAUGCAGUGAAAUGAAAAAUAUAUUAAAAAAUUUACCAAAAGAUACAAAUGGAGAUUUAAAUAAAAAUAUGAAAGUUGGUUUUAUAACAUACUCAAAUACAGUACAUUUUUAUAAUAUUAAUUCAAAUUUAACACAACCACAAAUGUUGGUUGUUGGUGAUGUACAUGAAAUAUUUAUGCCAUUAUUAGAUGGAUUUUUAUGUGAUGCAAAUGAAAGUGAAGCUGUUAUUGAUAGUUUAAUGACACAAAUACCAUUAAUGUUUUGUGAUUCACGUGAAACUGAAACAAUACUUGCACCAGCAAUACAAGCUGGUAUUGAAGCAUUAAAAGCAUCUGAUUGUCCAGGUAAAUUAAUUGUAUUACAUUCAUCAUUACCAAUUGCUGAAGCACCAGGUAAAUUAAAAAAUCGUGAUGAUAGAAAAUUACUUGGUACUGAUAAAGAAAAAACAAUAUUAACAUCACAAAAUAAUAUUUAUGAAGAUAUAGGAAAAGAUUGUAUUAGUGUUGGUUGUUCAGUUGAUUUAUAUUUAUUUAAUAAUUCAUAUAUUGAUAUUGCAACAAUUGGACAAGUAUGUCGUUUAUCUGGUGGUCAAGUAUUUAAAUAUACAUAUUUUCAAGCAAAUAAUGAUGCUGAUAGAUUAAUAACUGAUAUUAUUAAUAAUAUAUCAUGUCCAAUUGGUUUUGAUUCAGUUAUGAGAGUUAGAACAUCAACUGGUCUUAGACCAACUGAUUUUUAUGGUCAUUUAUAUAUGCCAAAUACAACUGAUAUGGAAAUAGCAUCAAUUGAUUGUAAUAAAUCAAUUGGAGUUGAAAUAAAACAUGAUGAUAAAUUAAAUGAUGAUGAUUGUGUUUAUAUACAAGUUGCAUUACUAUAUACAUCAUCAAGUGGUAUUAGACGUAUUAGAAUUAUUAAUUUAAGUCUUAAAACAUCAUCACAAAUAGCUGAAUUAUAUCGUGCAUGUGAUACAGAUGCUGUUAUUAAUUUUUUUUCAAAACAAUGUGUAUUUGAAUUAUUUAAAAAUACACCAAAAUCAAUAAAAGAUAAUUUAAUUAAAAAAUGUGCAACAAUAUUAAGUGCAUAUAGAAAACAUUGUGCAUCACCAUUAAGUGCAAGUAGACUUAUAUUACCAGAAUGUAUGAAAUUAUUACCACUUUAUGUUAAUUGUAUAUUAAAAAAUGAUGUAUUAUCUGGUGGUUCAGAAAUGACUGUUGAUGAUAAAUCAUAUAUUAUCAUGGCUGUUACAACAAUGCCUGUUUAUACAUCUGUUUUUUAUUUUUAUCCAAGAUUGUUACCACUUCAUGAUAUCAACAUUGAUGAUGAUAAACUUCCACAACAGCUUAGAUGUUCAAUUGAUAAAUUUACUGAUAAUGGUGUAUUUUUACUUGAGAAUGGAAUUCAAAUGUUUUUAUGGUUGGGUCAGGAAUUAUCUGCUGAAUGGAUUCAAGCUGUUUUUGGUUCUCAUGUUGUGGAUACUGAUCGUACCACAUUGCCUGUUCUUGAUAAUCCACUUAAUCAACGUAUCAGAGAUAUUAUUGCACAAGUACGUGCUGAAAGACAUCUCUAUAUGAAGUUGACUAUUGUACGACAAAGAGGUAAAUUGGAAAUGGUACUUCGUCAUUUUCUUGUUGAGGACAGAAGUAAUGAUGGUAGUCCUGGUUAUGUUGAUUUUCUUUGUCACAUGCAUAAAGAAAUCAAGCAACUUCUUAAUCAAUAAAACUUGUAAAUAAUUUUUUUAUUGUUUUAUAUAAUAAUGAAAAAUUAUAAACACUAAUCAUUUAUAUAUAAA